AUGUCUGACACCGCCGAAGUCGAGGUCGAUAAUCCAAGCGGACAUCAGAUUCUUCCAAAAGAGGUGACGAAUGAGAUUGGCUCCAUAAAGCUUUUCAACAAAUGGUCAUACGAUGAUGUGGAAAUUAGGGACAUCUCUUUACAAGACUACAUCCAAAUCCGCUCCCCAGUCUACGUCUCCCACUCCGCUGGCCGCUAUGCCGUGAAGAGAUUCCGGAAAGCACAAUGCCCCAUCAUUGAGCGCCUCACCAACUCCCUCAUGAUGAACGGCCGUAACAAUGGUAAAAAGCUCAUGGCAGUUCGAAUUGUUGCCCACUGCUUCGAGAUCAUUCACAUCAUGACCGAUCAGAACCCGAUCCAGAUUGCCGUCGAUGCCAUCGUCAACUGUGGGCCCCGCGAAGACUCGACCCGUAUCGGUUCGGCAGGGACAGUCCGUCGUCAAGCCGUUGAUGUCUCACCCCUACGCCGUGUCAAUCAAGCGAUCGCAUUGCUCACAAUAGGAGCCAGAGAGGCAGCUUUCAGAAAUGUGAAGAGUGUGGCUGAGUGUCUGUCAGAGGAAUUGAUCAACGCAGCGAAAGGAAGCAGCAAUAGUUAUGCUAUCAAGAAGAAGGACGAGUUGGAGCGUGUGGCGAAGAGCAAUCGGUAA